AUAGCAUGCUAACCAAAGCUUCCAAAGUACCGUCCAAAUCCCGCGAGAUUGUUUUAUAUAUUGGGACAUUCUCGCGAUAUCUUGGACAAAACAGAAAAUAUGGCGGACAGGCUAACGCAACUCCAAGACGCUGUCAAUUCGCUUGCAGAUCAGUUUUGUAAUGCCAUCGGAGUCCUGCAGCAGUGUGCGCCUCCUGCCUCCUUCAGUAACAUCCAGACUGCUAUCAACAGAGACCAGCCAGCAAACCCCACAGAAGAAUAUGCCCAGCUGUUUGCAGCCCUGAUCGCCAGAACAGCCAAAGAUGUGGACGUACUCAUCGACUCUCUGCCCAGUGAGGAGUCCACUGCAGCUCUGCAGGCGGCCAGUCUGCGGCAGCUGGAGGAGGAGAACCAUGACGCAGCCGCUCGUCUGGAGGAGGUGGUCUACCGCGGAGAUAUGCUGCUGGAGAAGAUCCAGAGCGCCCUGGCUGACAUUGCCCAGUCUCAGCUCCGCACCCGUAACGGAGCGCCUCACCAGCCCUCUCCGGCCGAGUCCUGACGGGGAACAGACUGCAGUUCUGGACAAUUUUCAAUCUGUUCCCUUAUUUGGACUCUUUGUGUUUACCCUCAGCUGCAGGGUUCUGCAGGCAAGCCUCACAAUACAAAUAUGCUGAUUGUGUCUGUAAAGGAAAGUUGAAAUCAUUUGGUUGCUUAAUUGCAAAGUUCUUGUAACAGCAGCCACUGGUCUCAAAGCAAACACACUGAAAUGUGUCUGAGUGUAAAACAUACUCUCUGUUAUAUAAACUUCCUGCAGAUGCAAGGACACUUGUGUGUGGUCCAGCAGACUCUGGUCCAUGCUCAUGUGUUUUAUGAUGUAUAUUGAUUCAGUCUGUUUUUGUAUAUAUUUAUGAACAAAAUGAUAUUCUGGUUUUGGACUAUCUUUACUGAAAACACUUCAGACCAGUUAACACUGGCACUUUAAUAGCAUGAUCUUCUUACAUUAAUGAUUCUUUUAUGAUAUCAAAAGCUCUGACAACCUUUAUAAAGAAGUCUUUAAAAAUAAAAAUACAGUUUUGUAUGAGA